AUGCGGGACACACAACGCACCGACUCACGGGGGGUUACACAAAACACACGUUCGGUACGAUGGAUAAAUGGUGCCGAGGCCAAGAAACAGGGUUAUGCAUCCCAAUAUCGGGCUGCACGGGUUGCCAUACUUCGAUUACUUGGAUUACCGAGUUCGCCGGACUAUCCUGUACUGGAAGAUGAACACAUGUAUGCCAAAAGCUCAGUGACUCCUCGAGAACUGGGAGAUGGGAGAAAAACGGAUGCGUGGAUUUGGCGCUACGGGCGAUUGAAAGGCUUAGAUGAUAAAGGGAAAAUGGAGUUUGUUCUUGAAGCCGAAAGGAUUCAGUGGUUUCGAGCGAAAGCGGAUAUGGAGCGAUUAAUCGAAGAAAUCGAGAUACUCGAGGAAGAAUUCCGCAGACUAGUGAGAUCAUGCCAAUCGCUCUCGUCAUAUUGGUCGCAGCUUGCCGAUGUUCCACCCUCUCCAUUCUUCUCGAGAUUCCAGCUCGCCAAAAGUGUUCAAACGUUCAUCGAGGGGCCUCAGAAUCCGUAUUGUGUGUAUGCGGCACAAAAAAGUGCACUGUAUGACAAAAUGGCCAAAGAGACUGAGAAGAAGUUUCGGAAGCUCGGCGGUUGUUGGCCAGGUGAAACGGAGGAUUUGAAUGCAUUUUUCAGGCGACAACGACCAACCGUAACAGUGGAUUGGAAUAACGUACAGCCGUAA